AUGUCUGUCGACUACAUCUUUGCACUGUGUGACGUUAAAAUUUUAACUCAGCAAAUAAAUCUUGGACGAUGGAUCGCUUAUGCACCGUGGACGAUUAUUGUUCUCACGUGUUUGCUGACUGCUUUUUGUACAUCAAUUAUUCCGUUCACCGAAAUGACCAACGAUAUCACCGAUUAUACACCAAAUUCAGCCCGAGCUAGAGCUGAAACAAAGGUUUAUCAAGAGUUUUUUAAUGAAGAUGGAGAUCCGAUUGCCAUAUACAUAUUGGUUUUGGCAAAAAAUGAAGGUUCUAUAUUUGGUGUUUCUCCACUCGCAGACACAGUUCGAUUACUGGACAGUUUGCUAUACGACAUAGAGCUAAAGUCUGAAAACAGCAAUUUAUCGUUGCCAUUCUCAAAAUUUUGUUCUAGUUUCUGUGACAUUAACGAACCUAUUCGUCAAAAUGGUCUUCGUGUUUUGAAAGAUAACAGCAGUUCACUAUCGCCUCUUAUCGAUCUAGGGUAUCCAGAAACUACUGUACUUGGUAGACGAUUUUAUCUGGAUACAGCAUUUUUUGGUAUAAAGAUCAAACUGGUAAAAAGUUACAAAGUUUUUUCGACCUACAUCAAUGUAAUUGAACAACGAACAGUGAGCUGGUCAGUGGAAGUUAUUGACGAUAAAGGCCAACAAAGAGUUAUGACAUUCAAUGAAAUCAGCUCAACUAAAGAAGGGCCAAUUAUAAACGAUAAAGAUAAGCAAAUAAUGAAUAAUUUAAAAGAUGUAAAAAUUGCUGUUAUUCAAUUACGAGCUAAAAGACCGUCAGAAUGCACUGCUAAAGAUGCCAAGAAUUAUGAAUUUGCAGUUGUAGAUUUCAUUAAAAAAAAUUUCUCAUCGCAAUAUGUAUCAGCUUUUGUAUUUACUCCAGCUUAUUUAACAGCUGAAAUUGUUCGAACCGGUCUUUUAAUGAUUCCAAAUAUUGUUAUUGGCUUUAUUAUCAUGUGUAUAUUCGCCUCUACAACUGUUACUAUAAGUGCAGUUUUUAUGUUACAAAUGAACAAUCGAAAGAUUCCUUUGGCAAUUAUUGCAUGCAUAUGCCCGUAUAUGGCUGCAAGUACAGCACUAGGAGCUCUGUUCUGGCUAGGUGUUCGAUUUGGCACUAUACUUUGUGUUACCCCAUUUCUGAUACUGGCAAUUGGCGUCGAUGACUCAUAUUUAGUGAUCAAUGCAUGGCAACGUUUGAAUCGUUCAUUAAGGCUCUAUCCGGAACGAGACGCGCAUGGUAAUCCAGUAGAAACAGAAAUUGGAACUCGCCUAGGAAUGACUUUGGAAGAUGUUGGUCCAUCAAUAACCAUAACUUCUUUGACAAACGUUCUGGCAUUCGGAAUAGGAAUUCUGACACCGACUCCCGAAAUUCGUCUUUUUUGUAUUGGAAAUACUUUGGCAAUGAUUGUUGACUUUUUUUACCAGAUAACAUUUUUCACUGCUGUAAUGGCUGUUAUGUGCAGAAAUGAGGUGGAAAAUGAGAAGAAGAUGCUUAACUGCAAGGUGAAGAUUGUGGACAAUCAACAGGAUACGCAAAGCGAUUUUCGCAAUCGCAUAAGAAAUGCUGUGAAAGGUUAUUGUCGACUGGUAUGUUCGCCAACUUCUAUGGUUUUAGUAGUUGCCUUGCUGAUUCUCUACUGGUCACUGUCGCUAUAUGGUACAAUCACGACACAUACUGAAAUAAAACCUGAAGUUUUAUUUAUUCCUGAUUCAGAUAUUCUGCAGGCAAUUCGUGUUAGAAACACUUACAUUACACCAUCUUAUUCACCAUGCUUAGUAUUUGUAAACAAUCCAGGAAAUAUUGAUGAUCCGAAGAAUUUAAGGAAACUUCAUAAACUAGUCGAGGCUUUUGAAAGUAUGCCGAAAGCUUUAGGACGAUUUUCAACUAAGCUUUGGUUACGAGACUAUGAAGAUUUUGUACUUGAUGCGGAUCAAUCUUCUGAAGCUGGGAGUACAAAGUUCUAUAGCGGUUCAACACCAGCAAAAGAAAAUCAACAAGAUAUCCUGAAAUUUUUGGAGUGGCCAGAAUUUCGAUACUGGAAUGGCACGCUCAAAUACCGUUUAGACAGCAAAGGUAAUGCUGUGGUAACCAAAUUCUUCUUUUUGAUUGCAUUCCAUGGCGAUGAUCUAAAAAUUUGGUCUAACCGGGCUAAGCUCUUGAAGGAAGUACGUCAAGUUGCUGAUAAGUUUCCGGAAUAUGAGGUCUCUGUUUACGACGAAGACGCAAAAUUUAUAGAUAUCAUUGCCACACUGAUCUCUCAAACAGCACAGUCCUCAGCAUGUAUGCUGGUUUGCAUGGUGCUGGUUUGCCUAAUGUUCAUAUCGCAUAAAACUGCUACUGCCAUAGCUAGCUUUUCUAUAGCAAGCACUACCAUUGGCGUGUUUGGUUUUCUCUCGCUUUGGGGAGUAUACCUGGAUCCUAUAGUGAUGUCGAAUGUGAUAACGUCAAUUGGGUUUAGUGUUGACAUACCGGCUCAUGUAACGUACCACUUCUUUAAAGCUGGUAAUCUUACUAUCUUUUUUUCCGAUGCCGACGGAGAUUCUGUAGAGCAACGCUUUGAGCACUGCCUUUCAAAAAUCGCUUUUCCUGUUCUGCAGGCAGCUUGUUCAACCCUGGUAUGCGUAAUAAGUAUGGUGUGGAUCCAACUUUAUAUGUCCAUACAGAUUUCACGUAGCGGUUUUUGUGAAAACGAUGUUCCUAGUAGUAGUGUUUGGACUUCUACAUGGUUUGCUGAUUAUACCCGUGUUGCUGAAGAUCGUAUUUCUUUUCAAGAGGAAGUCUCAAGUGCACGUUUCAGAGCCUGCAACAGGCAGUGUUGCACACAUUAUCAAAAUCAACCAUGA